AACAGUUCUCUCAAAAUCGUCGAGCAAGCAACAUGAACGGAGUGAAGUCUUUGUUCCUUUUCGGCCUGGUUCUCCUGAGCCUGGCUGCCUUUGUCGUUUCGGAUGAAAUAAUUCUCGGAGGAAUCGAACAGCUAAAAGGAGACCAGAGGCAGAAUGCUCUCAAGCUUUUGAACGAAACCCUGGACCAGUUGGCCACUGGCGAUGGACCAAGCUACAAGGCUGCUGAAGUGACCUCCGUGACCGGUCAGGUUGUGGCUGGAACUCUCAAUACCUACGAGGUCCAGCUGGAUAAUGGUUCCGAUAAAAAACAGUGCACCGUGAAGAUCUUGACUCGUCCUUGGCUGAAGGAGAACGGCACCAACAUCAAGAUCAAGUGCGCCGGUGAUGAUGGCGAAUUGGACCGCACUUGGUAAAAUCAGAGUCUUCAGAUUGUCAGAAAAAAUGAAAAAUAAAAUUUAUGUAUUUUGAAAUACA